AUGCUGACAUUAUAUAACAAUAGCUUGGGAGAAUUCUUGCUCCUGAGAUCCCAGGGUCCAAUAUGGGCUAGGUGCGAAAGCUUUUGGAGGGAGACGAUGGGGUCAUGCAAAUGCCACCUCUGCCGCCAGAGUGGUACGUCGAUGUGCAGGACACAGGUUGACUACAUGCUAUCGCUCUGUUGGCUCCUACUGUUCAAAAUGAGCGCAUUUUCGCAUUCACCUAAACGGACGAAGAUUCUGGACUCGCUAGAGAAUGAAAGUCGGGACCUAGCAGACAUCAAACCGUUGAAGAGAGCGGAGGCUUUGCUCAAGGAAUACUUUGGCAAAUCUGGAUGGACGGAGUUGGAGGAUCCUUUAGCAGAUGCAAUUUUAGCUAUGUCAUAG